AUGUCCGACCUCGCCACGAAGCGAGAGGAGACAUCCUUGACGCCCAAGCUCGAGGACGAUUCACGCCCGUCGGCCACACCCCCUGUGUCAAUGUCCUCGGACGUCAAGCCACGGCCCAAGGGCCCUCAGCUCAUCGGCCAUUUGCCUCGGGCAGAACAGGAGGCUCGAUCCACGUUUGAGGAGAUCCCUCAGAACCACUAUCAGUACAAUACGUUGGGGCGGUCGCGGGAGGCUCUGGAGAGCAUGACGUGUGACUGUCAGUACGAGCAUGGUGUGGACGAUGCUUGCGACGCCUGCGGAGAUGGCUCGGAUUGUAUCAACAGACUGACUCAGGUUGAAUGUCUACCUGACGACUGUCGGUGUCGCGCUUACUGCCAAAACCAACGGUUUCAGCGCAAGGAGUACGCACCUAUCGAAAUCGUCCAGACUGAAAAGAAGGGUUUCGGUCUUCGGGCGGCAGACGAUAUACCUCGGGACGCCUUCAUCUACGAGUAUGUUGGCGACGUCGUUAGCCAUCCAUCUUUCAUGAAGCGCAUGCGGGAGUACGCCCAGCAGGGUAUUCGACAUUUCUACUUCAUGAUGCUGCAAAAGGACGAGUAUAUCGACGCUACGAAAAGAGGUGGCAUCGGGCGCUUUGCAAAUCACUCCUGCAACCCGAACUGCUACGUUGCCAAAUGGACAGUUGGGGCUCGGGUCCGUAUGGGCAUUUUCGCCAAGCGGGCGAUAAAGAAGGACGAGGAAAUCACCUUCAACUACAAUGUCGACCGUUACGGGCAUGAAGCACAGCCAUGCUACUGUGGUGAAGCCAACUGUGUAGGCUUCCUAGGUGGCAAGACACAGACGGACAUUGCUGCCAUGGAUGACUUGUAUCUCGAUGCACUGGGCAUCACCGACGAGGUUGAGAAACUUGGCCUCAAGGGUAGUAAGAAAAGGAAGGGCAAGAAGCUCGACGAGGACUAUCUGCCCGUUCUCAAGCCUCUUGUGGAGAAGGACGUGCCUAAGGUUAUACAGGCCAUGCGGCAGACUCAAAGUCGGAAGGUCCUCUUCAAGCUACUUCAUCGAGUCAAGAUUACCGAGGACCAAUCCGCUCUCCGACAACUUAUGCGCCUUCGUGGUUUCAGUCUCAUGACCAAUAUCUUGACUGAUUAUGCGGACGAUGAAGACAUUACUAAGGUUGCCCUGGAGUGCAUGACAACAUGGCCUCUGAUCCAACGCAACAAAGUGGAGGACUCCAAGGUUGACGAGCCUGUGAGGCAAUGUGCGGAGACGUCGCAAAAUGAGGACAUCAAGGAGUUGGCCCAGAAGCUCUUGGCACACUGGGAUACUCUGGAGGUUGGCUACCGUAUACCAAAGCGCCUGAAAGUGGAUGGCGAUGAGGAAGACAAGAGCUCUCCUACCAUCGUCUACGAGGCUGAGGAAGAAUCGCGGCCAUCGAAGAGGUCCCGACUGGAAGACCUGAUCCCUGAAAUCAAGUUGGACAUUAAGCCUCUCGGACGAAAAGCGGCAUCCAUGUCAACACAACCCCUCAUCGGGCUUCGAGUAGAACCUCCACCGACGCCAUCCACGGAAUUCAAACCUUCGAUCUCGCGGAAGGAGCAGCUCGAUGCUGUUAUUGCAGAGGCCACUGCUGCUUAUAAACGAGCGGAAGAGGAGGCUGCCAAGGCUGCCGCCGCACAGGCCGCUGCUGCUGAAGAGAAAGAGAGGAGAAAAUCAUUAUCUCGGUCUCACUCUCAUAAGAAGCAGAGCAAAGAGGAUAAAGAGGCGCUAAAGGAGAAACGUCUGCAGAAACUCGUCGGCGCGAUUGUCGUGAAGUGCAUGUCUAAGUACUCGAAACAGAUGGACUAUGACAUGUUCAAGAAACAUGCCAAAGGGCUUACAACGCUGAUCUCGGACAAGGAAAAGAAGUCUAAUAGCUACAAGGAGGGCAAGCUGGACUCUUUAUCCGAGGAGAAGACUGUCAAGAUCAAGAAAUUUGCCAAGGAGUACAUCCAUAAGCUCAUGCGGAAGUUGGAGAAAUCUGGACAGCAUCGGCGCCCUCCCCAUUCCUCCUCAUCGGCUAACGGAGCGUCUACAUCCGCAUCUGCAAUGAACGGCGACGCUGGUCACCGCGCCGAUGAGGACGGGCCGAUGGCAAUGACGGUAGAGGAAGCCAUGGACAUGGACAUGGAUGAAGACGACGACGACGCGCCUGAACAACAUGACGGUUCGACUGCCUCGCCUUCAACGGCGCAAGCAGAUAGAGACCGCUUCGAGGACUCGCCCGACACGGAGCCGCCGCCGUCCACACCUGCCGACAAGGCUACGGACCCACGUCGCUCACGGUGGGACAUUGGACCCGACAAGGAACAAUUCGACAUCUUCAGGGGUUCUGAUACAUUGUCUGUGCAAUCGUAA